CAAGAAGGGAGAACGUACAGGCUGUGAAAGCGGCAGUCGCUCGCUCUUUUAGCCCGGCCCUCGGGUGGCGGCCAGUGUGUUCCGGCCUCUUUUUUAUGGAAUUAGGGCUUUAUGCAAGCUCCCUUCGCAGGUAUAUCGGGAGAUGGACAUGCAUGACCUCGUUGUCUAGUCGAGCCACUGCGGUUUACAAUGGCAUUGAGAACAGUACGCACUCUGAGAUAUAAGGAGAACUUUUUCAAAAAAACUUGAUUUUCGUAUGGAAAGACUUCCCUUGGAGACUUGACUCGCGAUAUAAACCUAGUUCCUCAGGGGAACACGUGCCGCCAAUCUUGCGUUUAUGAUGGUAGUCUCCCUGGGUGCUGGGCCGCCGCUUAGAUAGUUCAAGGUUUAAGGAUCUUUCCGAGUCGGGCACCAUGACGAGCCUCAGCGGGCAGCCGUGUAUGCAGCGCCUCCUGCCCCUCGCCUCCUCGGGCCCUUGCUACUCCCGCCAUCACCACAGAUUGCUGCUGUACCUCCUUCUGGUCCUGUCCUGGAAGACUACAGUCUUAACAGGUGCCAAGGGCGUCUCUGUCCACAACGUGACAGUGCCCACCCCGGGCAUUGCCGGCGAGGCAGCGCGGCUGGAGUGCCACUGGAGCCCGGGAAGCAAGGGCUUCUACUCCGUCAGGUGGUACAAGGACGGCGAGCAGUUCUACAGUUUCAUCCCGAGGAACCGGCCGGAGGUCAAGGUCGACCAUAACCUCCCUGGAGUCACCGUCUUCCUGUCUGAGUCGAACGAAUACGUCGUGACGCUGAGGAAGAUUGACCUCGCCUCGCAGGGCGUUUACCGGUGUGAGGUCAUGAGUGAAGCCCCGACGUUUCAGACCUCAUUUGCGUCGGCGAACCUCACUGUCGUUGAUGUCCCGGAGGCGCCGCAGCUCACAGGACUCCAGGACAAAUACACCGUCGGCGACACAUUGCACGUCAACUGCACGGCCAGGGACUCCCACCCGGCCGCCCGCAUCACCUUCCGCGUCAACGGCAGUUUUAUUCAUCCCGGCUCGGGUCGCGUGACGGCCUUCCCGACCGAGGGCGGCGUGGCGAGCGGCAACCCCUACGCCCUCAGCACCACGAGCAGCCAGCUGAGCUUCCCGCUGGGCGAGCACCACGUGCCGGCGGUCACGGUGCAGUGCCGCGCGGAGGUGCUGUCCGUCGCCCGCGCCAACUCCACCACGGUGCGCGUCGAACCCCGCAGCUCCUUCUCCUUCUUCAACGCCGGAGUUCCCCGAUGCUGCCCAGUCCUGUUGCUGGUAGUUGCCCUUUCCGCUCUUACCUACUUGCUGAGUACCUGUUAAACGCCAGCCGGAGGGAAGUACGAGGGACGGGGAAGUAGCGUUCUCCGGCGCCAGGAGUCCGUCAACGCUCUAGUCUGUCCCUCUCUCUCUUUAUCUUUAUAUCUACAAUCGCUCUUUCCACCCCCCCCCCCUCUCUCUCUUUCUCUAUCUGCCUCUCUCUCCCUCUCUCCUGUAACCUUUUCGGUCCAUCUGAUCUUAACAGCGAGAGGAAAAACCUUUGGAAUUUCUGAGACCUCACUGCUACGUCCACUUCCCACGUGAUCUCCCAAGCAGUGCUGGAAGAAGGAUCUACUUCUCCACGGAGGUCUCGCACACUGACGUCACAAGCCGGCUUGCCGUGCUAUGGUCUUUUGCAAAUUAGGUCUAUCAUAGCAGGAACCGUUGCCACGUAGGCUUGCUUAUAUCAGAUUCUUAUCAAUGCCGGUCAGGGUAUGGUUCCCUCUCAUAAUUCUCCGAUCCAGCAACCAGACCAUGAGCAACAGUGUCUUGUGAGAGUAAAGGUGGCUAAGAAUUUGUUUAAUUGUGGAAAACGUGUAGAAAAAAACUCACGCAAAUUGCAAAGAAAGAAAUGAAAAAUAAGAAUAAAUAUUAUUCCAAAACAUUCCGUGUGCAUCAUACUACUUAAAGCCACCGGCAGAACAAACAAGGUGAGCUAUGGUUUUGUACAAACGCCAGCGCUAACAGUGGCACUGAUAUAAUAGAAAUAUCUCCUGUGGACAUCUUACGACACGUGGCUUGCCAGUCCAUACCAGUUAAUGUGGCAGACAUAAGAAGUGUUAAUGUUAUAGCUUAACAGUCAUUUAUUUCAGUUAGGAUGUAGUGAGGUUGGCUGUUGCAUUUCUGACUUGCUUACGAGAAAGAUACGAAAUUUACGCUGUGCUUUAUAAUCAGGAAGAACUGCUCUGCAGACUGACACGCGUUGUGACGAUUUCCGAAAAGCGAGUGAGAGGAACCGGUGAGUCAUUCGCAGGGGCUCCUUCCCUCCCCGAAACGCACGGCGCAGCGUCGGCGGCGAGGCGGCCGAGACCCGCCGUUUCCUGCUCCGAAACAUGUUCCGAAACAAUGCUUCUUCCUCGCCUGCGAUGCACUCCUUCCAUAGGACCUUCUCCAUGCACAUUCCUUCACAUGAUUCAGUGUUUCAUAUAUACAGAUUUUCUUUUUUUUCUUUAUUGUAUAAUGAUUUGUUGCUUUAUACAUACAUUUAUAUACAUAUAUCUAAUGUAUUUGUAAGUUGCUAUAUAUUUCACUCAGGAGUGAUGAAUAAAGACAGAGUAUAUAUCCAUGUUGGCAGUUAUUCGCACCGGCAUUUCAAUGGUCAGAAUGUAUCUCUUGCUUCGCGCGCCUCGAAACGUUCCCGGACACUGAGACUAGUCUGUUUUCCUUUCAUGAAACGCAGGGGAAAGACAGCAACAUCUUCAUGUGUGAGAAUGUGUAUCCGCAGUGUCAAAAGGAACCGAAAUUCUGACGAAAUAUCUCAAGUUGUCAACUAUUGUCAAA